AUGAAAGGGGAAAGCGGCCCCAUCUCCAUCUCCUUCUAUCAAGCGAGUCGACGUAAGUCAGGAACCAGUCUCCCAGCUGAAGCCUCAGGACGGUCCGCCUACUACAACCUACCUUAAAUACUGCAAUAUCGAAAUCUUCCUAAACACGUCAACGUCUUUCUUACUGUUCCUUUUGGUACCUCGUCUAGUCACUAUCACGAUAUGGAAGGAAGAUUGAGCAAAGCGGGACAAGAACGGUAUUAAAGUUCGGUAGACACCUGAUAUGGAAUGUGCUUUUAAAUAACCUGACCUAGGCACUCGAUGGAUUAGAAGAAAAUGUGAAAGCUAGCACAAUGGGAAGUGGACUGUAAGUGCACAUGGUCUGAACGUCGUCGUUUCAUGCAACGGGCCUAGCCACUAUUUGAGUUAGAAAAAAAGAUGGAACAAGCUGAAUCGCAGGACGGGGGAUACAAUUACAUUGAGCACUCGGUGCUAACGCCGCCGCUCACACACUGAAACUGAAUACCAUGUUGGGUCAUGAAAGAAGGACAGUUCAAGCAGAACGGGAACGGGGUGCAAGUGCAUGGAACACUUGGCGUUAACUGACUCGUUGGCGCACCUGACCGAUCAACCUGAUGGAUUAGUAAUCAACGAGAGUCCAAGCGAAACGCUCAGCGGCUAGAAUUGCAUGUGCACCUAGCACUUGGUCUAAACGCAACCGGCCACGCACUGAGCCUAUCCGCUCAUUGGAAUGGAAAACAAGGAGGGCAAGUAGACGGGUAACGUGGGGGGAGCAUGCGUGUGAUUUGCGCACUUGGUCUGAACGCCGCCGUUCACGCACAGUGUCUGCCAUCUCGAUGCAAUAGAAAAGAAGGGGGAAGGAGUACAGAAACUGGGUCCAAAUGCAUUCAGCACAUGGUUUCAAAUGUAUCCUUGCAAUACCUGGUCAAGCAACUCGCAGAAUUAGAAGGCUGCAAGAGGAAUAGCAGAGCGGGAACUAGUAGAUGCAACGUGCAUUAAGCACUCGAUCUAAACGCCCACAGUCACGCGCCGAACCUAGCCGCACGGGAAAGGAAGGAGGAAGCCAGCCAAAGGAAGUCCAAGUACAGCAGGCUCUUGGUCUGAACUGCGCCGUUCGCGCAUCAAGUCUCGUCACUCCUUGGAUUAGAAAAGAAGCUCACUGCAAGCAGAACGAAAGGGGGUACAAUUGCAUUGACCACUCGGGCACAACACUGCCUAUGAAGUAGCUGACCUGGCCACUCGCUGGAUAAGCAAAAAGGGAGAAGGCUGGCAGGGUGGAAACGGAAGGGGUGGAAGUGCAGUGGGCGCUAGAGUAUGAACGCAACCGAAGGCGCAUCGAACCUGGCCACUCACUUGACUAUAAAAGAAGGAAACGGCAAGGGAAAAGUCAAAUGGCGCAAGUACAUUGAAUAUUGGUCUCAACUACGCCAUCGUGAUAGCGGGGUCCAAGAGCAUCAACCACACGGUUUCGAUUGUACCUAGUCAAGUCACUCGUCAGAUUCGAAGAGAAACUAGAGUAGGCAGGGCAGAGACGGGAUCCAAUUGCGUCAAGCAUUUGUUCGCAACUAUUCCCUUGAAGUACCUACCCUAGCCACUCGUUGGAUUAGAGAAGAAGGAAAGGGCACACAAAACGGGGUUUGGGGAAGGGUUCUAUGCCAUAGUAGUGCCUUGUCAACGUAAACCAUUGCAAAACAAUCCCGCUUUCCCAAAGCAAUUCAGGAGCUGAGAAAUAUAAUGUUCCUCAAGCGCGGUCGCUGGACAAAGUCUUACUCCCCCCGCUUUCCAUACUGAACACCCGUGGACACCAGCAAUCCUAUUUUAUGUAAUUUUAAGACUAGAUCAGACUCUCAGUUUUUCGCAACUGCAUACCAAGUAAAAUUAUGGAAAGUUACUGCGUGUUCAUUGGGUUAUUAGAGGUCUUUCCAGUGACCCUUUAAACGCAUUCAUGUAUACAAACAUCACAAAAAUAUUCAUGCCUCUAUGGCCGCAGUGUUCUCUGAUAACAGGAAAAUCUGAAAGGUAAUAAAAAAGCAAUCAAUGCAAAGAAGCUACAAGAAAAUGUUGUUACAAUGACAGGCCGGUCAACCAAGCGGCUUCUAGCACUAGCUGUUUAAUUUUACACCCGGCGGCCGUUUGUGGUGCGCAUUCAAACAUGCGGAUACAUAGAAGGACUAAGUCUUUUAGAACACUACGAAAAUGAUGCCGUCACAAUGUAUGAAAAAGGCUCCGAAGGCGAUUCUCUGAACACCCUCGCUAGAGGUGUCAUCUCUACAUUUUAUCCUUAUCUCUCCGCAUAUACUUUUGGUCCGUGCCAAAAGAAUAAAAUAAGUAUAAGCAGUAUAAUCAUGAUAAAUUUAGCUUCUAAGCGUUCAAAGAGCUUUGUCGAUGCAGUGGAAAACAAAGGUGAUAAUUUCGGACUUAUGCUCUACAUACACUGCCAACUUUACAGCGGAACUUGGAGAAGGCGUUACUUGGAGCCGGGCAAGUUACUGACGUCCGCCAGGGCUUUGUCUCUUCGCAUACGAUACUUUUGAUGAUGAUGAUGAUGAUGAUGAUGAUGAUGAUGAUGAUGAUGUUGAUGAUGAUGAUGAUGAUGAUGAUGAUGAUGAUGAUGAUGAUGAUGAUGAUGAUGAUGAUGAUGAUGAUGAUGAUGAUGAUGAUGAUGAUGAUGAUGAUGAUGAUGAUGAUGAUGAUGAUGAUGAUGAUGAUAACCAGAAACUAAAAAUCGGGGGAAUAUGGAUAAAAGGAUGA